CAAAAAAGUGCAUGGCUGUAUAAAAAAAGGUGGUCAAAGUGCUCUCCCCACUGACUCAAACAGAGGACAAAGACAGCAUGGUGCGCCGUGUAGCAGUAAUUGGGGCUGGACCCUCAGGCUUAACCAGCAUCAAAUCAUGCCUAGAGGAGGGACUGGAGCCAGUGUGCUUUGAAAGCAGCGAUGAUAUUGGGGGAUUGUGGAAGUAUAAGGAGGUCUCUGAGCCCAACAGGGCAAGUAUCUAUAAGUCGCUGACCAUCAAUAUCUCCAAGGAGAUGAUGUGUUACAGCGACUUCCCCAUCCCAGCCGACUACCCCAACUACAUGCACCACUCUCGUAUCCUGCAGUACUUCCGUCUUUACGCGGAACACUUCAAGCUGCUCCGGCAUAUUCGCUUCCAGACCAAUGUUCGCAGCGUGAGGCAAAGGCCUGACUUCACUCGCUCAGGGCAGUGGGAGGUGGUGACGGAGAAUCGAGAAGGGCAGGAGGAGAGGCACAUCUUUGACGCUGUGAUCGUCUGUUCGGGACACUAUUCCUAUCCUUACAUGCCUCUAAAAGACUUCCCAGGGAUUGAGAACUUUGAGGGGAAAGUCUUCCAUAGCUGGGAUUACAAAGGCCCAGAGGAAUUCCAUGGGAAAAGGAUUGUGAUCAUUGGAAUUGGGAAUUCGGGGGGUGACAUUGCAGUGGAGUGCAGCAGAGUUGCAGAGCAGGUGUAUGUGAGCACUCGCAGGGGCGCCUGGGUCAUACGCGUGGUGUCGGACAAUGGGCUGCCUGUGGACAUGAAGUACAACACCCGAUUUGUGCACAUCCUCUUCCAACUCCUCCCAAUCAAUAUUCUCAAUUGGAUAGGUGAAGGCAAGUUGAAUGCCCUGUACGACCACACAAUGUAUGCCCUCAAGCCAAAGCACAGGCUUUUCAGUCAGAUCCCAGUGAUCAACGAUGAUCUUCCAGGGAAAAUCCUGUCCGGAUCUGUGGUGGUGAAGCCCAAUGUGAGGGAGAUCCGAGGCUCCAGCGUGGUGUUUGAGGAUGGGUCUGUGGUGGAAAAAGUGGAUGUGGUGGCGUUUGCCACAGGCUACAGUUAUGACUUUCCCUUCCUGCCCCCAUCGAUCAUGGCGAAGUCAGGGCACAGAGUGGGGCUGUACAAACAUGUGUUCCCCCCAAGCCUCGAACACCCCACACUGGCCGUUGUUGGGUUCAUUCAUGCACUGGGAGCCAUCAUGCCUCAGGCAGAGAUGCAGGCACGUUGGGUAACCAGAGUCUUCAAAGGUUUGAAGAAGCUCCCAUCCAACAAAGCAAUGCUGAAAUGUGUUGAGAAUGACACAAAGAACAUGGAGAAAAGCUAUAUCUGCUCCAAGCUAGUCCCACUUCAGGUGGACUUUGUCAGCUACAUGGAUAACAUAGCAGGUGAGGCUGGAGUACGCCCCAGUCUGCUCUGGCUCUUCUUCACUGACUACCCUUUGUUCAAGCACGUCUUAAUGGGCCCAGUCACAGCUUACCAGUAUCGACUCACCGGACCUGGGAAGUGGUCGGGGGCCCGUCAAGCCAUCUUCACCCAGUUUGACCGCAUGUAUCAGCCUCUCAAGACCCGCCAGGUGGAUGAUGAGCCUGGAAGCUCUGUAGCAGGGCGUCUAUUCAAAUGGAGUGUCGUCACCAUUUUGGGGGCCUCUGCUGCUUAUUACAUACACCUUCACCCCCCAGCUUCUCUUCUUGCCUUAGUCUCCACCAUUAAACCUAACAGGAUCUGAAUCCCUCUUUCAGUCUAUGCAUUCUAUAUUCAAUCAUUUAAUAUGUAAAUCAGUUCCACUAACUCACCGAUCUUUCAUGACCAGAAACAUCAGCCAUCCUAACAUAUAGUGGCAGUGACUGGUGAGAAAAGAAUGGUCGUGAAACUUUUAUGAAUACACAUGUUAGUCCUAUGCCAUUCUCACCUGUUGUAAAGCUAUUAUUUAUUAUUGGGACCAAAUAAUCCUUUCAGUAUGUAGUACCAAAAUGUUUUUGAAAGUCGUAGGCACCCUAGACUUUAUUAUAUGUUUAUUUUUUUGUGUGUUGGUAUAAAAGAACACAUUUGAGAUUUCCAAAUAUUCAUUUUCCAAAAUAUUUAAUUUUACAGAUUUAAUUAAAAAAAAGAAAAAUAAAAUAACAUUACUGUAAGCAAUUGACUACUUUUUACAUAAAAACUUGAUCAAGGCUGUCUGAGAUCAGAAGCAAGGAGCCUACCAAAGUCUGCAGAAGAACUGUGGCAAGUUCUCCAACAUGCUUGGACCAACCUCCCUGCUGAUUGUCUUAUUCAACUGCAGGACAGCGUUGGCUCUCAGAGAAGUGAUGCAGGUUUAACGCAAAAGGGUGGUCACAAAAAAUAUUGAAUUUGACCUAUUCUGCCAAAUUACUAAAAUGUAAUGUAAAAUGUGUAGUAUGUUUUAGGACCCUUCAUUUAAUUAUUUUUGAAAGAAUCGUAUCUGUACAGAAUGUUAUACAGGUGCCUUUAAAACUUUUGCACAGUACUGUAUGUCUGUGUGAAUCUGUAUUAUAAAUAGAAUUUAAAAAACA